GCUGCUGCUGCGUCGUGGAGAUGUCGGACUCGGAGAGCGAGGAGGACGAGGGCGGCGACAGCCGGGCGGCGCCCUUCUCCCUGGCCGGCUUCCUCUUCGGCAACAUCAACGAGCAGGGCCAGCUGGAGGGCGAGGGGCUCCUCGACCAGGAGUCAAAAAAACAUUUGGCUGGACUUGGGGCAUUGGGUCUGGGGAGCCUCAUAACAGAAAUCACAGCCAGCGAAGAUGAUGCUUCUGAGGCAGACGGAGCCCAGUUGGAUGAGGAAGGCUGGGUUAAGAGCACCGAGGAUGCUGUCGAUUAUUCUGACAUCACCGAAGUGGCUGAAGAUGAGAGCCGCAGGUACCGGCAGGCAAUGGGCAACCUUCAGCCAGUUCAGAGGGCAGAUGAUGACGAUGACGAUUAUGAUGCUGACUGUGAAGAUAUUGACUCCAAGCUGAUGCCUCCCCCGCCACCACCUCCAGGGCCGAUGAGAAAAGAGGACGAAAAGGACGCGGCUGCUUCUGGGUCUGAAGACAAUGAUGGUAUCAUCCUUCCAUCCAUCAUUGCACCUUCAUCCGCUACCUUGGAGAAGAAUGACUUCAGCAGCUCUUCGGAUUCUGAAUCGGAGUCGGGGUCCCAGGACUCGGGGAAGGCAGAGUCCAAGGACAGCAGACUUACGCUGCCACUUGCAGGGAUAAUGCAGCAGGAUACCACCAAGCAGCUGCCCAGUGUCACGGCCCUGUUCCCCGAGUUCAGGCCAGGCAAGGUGCUGCGCUUCCUGCGCCUCUUUGGCCCUGGGAAAAACAUUCCAUCGGUCUGGCGCAGCGCCCGCAGGAAGCGCAAGAAGAAGCACCGGGAAAUCACUCCGGAAGUGCAGGUCCUGGAGGGAGAAGCCGCGGUUGAGACAAUUGUGGAAGAGAAAUCUCCCUGGGAGUACGAAUACGCCCCGCCGCCUCCUCCGGAGCAGUGCCUUUCAGAUGACGAGAUCACCAUGAUGGCACCGGUGGAGUCCAAGUUCUCCCAGUCUACAGGAGAUGCGGACAAGGUGGCCGACACCAGGCCCAAGGUGGCUGAAUGGCGCUAUGGGCCUGCCCAGCUGUGGUAUGACAUGUUGGGCGUUCCUGAGGAUGGCAGCGGCUUCGACUAUGGCUUCAAGAUGAAAGAGCACAGAGAGGAGGAGGAGGAGGAGCAGGAGAGCGCUGUGGUGAAGGAUGAGCUGCUGGCAGACGAGCACUUCCUCAUGGUGACCCAGCUGCAGUGGGAGGACGACGUGAUCUGGAACGGGGAGGACAUCAAGCAUAAGGGGACCAAGACGCAACGGGCUAGUCUGGCUGGCUGGCUGCCCUCCAGCAUGACCAGGAAUGCUACUGCUUACAAUGCCCAGCAAGGGCUGAACCGCAGCGGGUCCCUGCUCAAUUUGCCUGUCCCUAUGAUGCAGAAGCCCAGCAUGGCAGGAGUCAUGGGCCUUGCCAAGUGCAAAGAGAAGCAGCUCCCCGAGCAGCAAGCAUCUGUGGAUGAAGACAAGCCGUGGUUUUCUAUUUUCCCCAUUGACAACGAAGAGCUGGUUUAUGGCCGUUGGGAGGACAACAUCAUCUGGGAUGACGAGGCGAUGGAGAAAGUCUUGACCCCACCGGUUCUGACCCUUGACCCAAAUGAUGAAAAUAUAAUCCUGGAAAUUCCUGAUGAGAAGGAAGAGAUGACGUUGAACUCUCCUUCCAAAGAGAGCAAGAAAGAGUCUUCUCUAAAGAAGAGCCGGAUUCUCCUGGGCAAGACAGGAGUCAUUAAGGAAGAGACUCAGCAGAAUAUGUCUCAACCAGAGGUGAAGGAUCCCUGGAACCUCUCAAACGACGAAUUUUACUAUCCAAAGCAGCAGGGGCUUCGUGGAACCUUUGGAGGCAACAUCAUCCAGCACUCAAUCCCUGCGGUGGAGCUUCGGCAGCCCUUCUUCCCCACCCACAUGGGCCCCAUGAAGUUGCGCCAGGCUCACCGGCCUCCCCUGAAGAAAUACUCCUUUGGGACCAUUUCCCAGCCCGGCCCUCAUUCAGUGCAGCCGCUGCUGAAGCACAUAAAGAAGAAAGCCAAGAUGAGAGAACAGGAGCGGCAAGCCUCUGGGGGCGGGGAGAUGUUCUUCAUGCGCACCCCUGCCGACCUCACUGGCAAGGACGGUGACCUCAUCCUGGCCGAGUACAGUGAGGAGAACGCUCCCUUGAUGAUGCAGGUCGGCAUGGCAACCAAGAUCAAGAACUACUACAAGCGGAAACCGGGCAAGGAUCCUGGCGCCCCAGACUGUAAAUACGGAGAGACGGUGUACUGCCACACCUCCCCGUUCUUGGGCUCUCUUCAUCCGGGCCAGCUGCUCCAGGCAUUUGAAAACAAUCUCUUCCGGGCUCCGAUCUACCUUCACAAGAUGCCUGAAACAGACUUCUUAGUUAUCCGGACGCGACAAGCUUAUUACAUCCGGGAGCUGGUGGAUAUAUUUGUGGUUGGACAAGAAUGUCCUCUCUUUGAAGUUCCUGGACCCAACUCUAAACGGGCCAACACCCACAUCCGAGACUUUCUACAGGUCUUCAUAUAUCGCCUGUUCUGGAAGAGCAGAGACCGGCCCCGAAGGAUCCGCAUGGAGGAUAUUAAGAAGGCCUUUCCUUCCCACUCGGAGAGCAGCAUCCGCAAGCGGCUGAAGCUCUGCGCAGACUUCAAGCGCACAGGGAUGGACUCGAACUGGUGGGUUCUAAAGCCAGAUUUCCGACUACCCACCGAAGAGGAGAUCAGAGCGAUGGUGUCUCCAGAGCAGUGCUGUGCCUAUUACAGCAUGAUCUCUGCCGAGCAGCGCUUGAAGGACGCAGGUUAUGGAGAGAAAUCCUUCUUUGCCCCAGAAGAAGAAAACGAGGAGGACUUCCAGAUGAAGAUAGAUGAUGAGGUCCGCACAGCUCCCUGGAACACCACACGGGCCUUCAUUGCAGCCAUGAAGGGGAAAUGUCUCUUGGAAGUGACGGGAGUGGCAGACCCUACGGGAUGUGGAGAAGGCUUCUCCUACGUGAAGAUCCCAAACAAGCCAACACAACAGAAACAGGACGACAAGGAGCCCCAGCCGGUGAAGAAGACGGUGACCGGGACGGACGCGGACCUGCGGCGCCUGUCGCUCAAAAACGCCAAGCAGCUCCUGCGCAAGUUUGGCGUUCCCGAGGAGGAGAUCAAGAAGCUCUCCCGCUGGGAGGUGAUUGACGUCGUGCGCACCAUGUCCACGGAGCAGGCUCGCUCGGGCGAAACCCCAAUGAGCAAAUUUGCCCGCGGGUCUCGCUUUUCCGUGGCGGAGCACCAGGAGAGGUACAAGGAGGAGUGCCAGCGCAUCUUUGACCUGCAGAACAAGGUCCUGGAGUCUACGGAGAUCUUAUCCACGGACACCGACAGCAGCUCUGCCGAGGACAGCGACUUUGAGGAGAUGGGGAAGAACAUUGAGAACAUGCUCCAGAACAAGAAGACCAGCUCCCAGCUGUCGCGGGAGAGGGAAGAGCAGGAGCGGAAGGAACUGCAGAGGAUGUUGAUGGGGGAGGACAGCGUCAACGAGAAGGAGAGGGGCAAGAAAGACAGGAAGGACAAGAAGGGGCUCUCCUCCACCCCUGGCAGCCUGGGAGGGUCUCACAAAGACGACGACACGGCUUCUGUGACCAGCCUGAACUCCUCCGCCACGGGCCGCCGCUUGAAAAUCUACCGCACUUUCCGCGACGAGGACGGGAAGGAGUACGUGAGGUGCGAGACGGUCCGCAAGCCCGCGGUCAUCGAUGCCUACAGCAGGAUACGGACAACCAAGGACGACGAGUUCAUUCGGAAGUUUGCCCUCUUUGAUGAGCAGCACCGGGAGGAGAUGCGGAAAGAGAGACGCCGGAUCCAGGAGCAGCUGCGGCGGCUCAAACGAAACCAAGAGAAGGAGAAGUUGAAGGGUCCUCCUGAGAAGAAGCCCAAGAAGAUGAAGGAGAGGACAGACCUUAAGUUAAAGUGUGGCGCUUGCGGUGCCAUUGGCCACAUGCGGACCAACAAAUUCUGCCCCCUCUACUACCAAACCAACGCUCCGCCCUCCAACCCCGUCGCCAUGACGGAGGAGCAGGAGGAGGAGCUGGAGAAGACCGUCAUCCCCAACGAUAACGAGGAGCUGAUCAAAGUGGAGGGGACCAAGAUCGUCUUGGGGAAGCAGCUCAUCGAGAGCGCGGAUGAAGUUCGCAGGAAGUCUUUAGUGCUGAAGUUCCCGAAACAGCAGCUUCCACCGAAGAAGAAACGGCGCGUCGGGACCACGGUUCAUUGCGACUACUUGAACCGGCCUCACAAAUCCAUCCACCGGCGGCGCACCGACCCCAUGGUGACCCUGUCCUCUAUCCUGGAAAGCAUUAUCAAUGAGAUGCGAGAUCUUCCCAAUACAUAUCCCUUCCACCAGCCUGUUAACGGGAAGGUCGUCAAAGAUUAUUACAAGAUCAUCACUAAGCCAAUGGACCUGCAGACCCUGCGCGAAAACGUCCGCAAACGCCUUUACCCAUCCCGCGAAGAAUUCCGGGAGCAGGUGGAGCUGAUCGUGAAGAACAGUGCCACAUACAAUGGCCCAAAGCACUCUUUGACCCAGAUCUCUCAGGCGAUGCUGGACCUCUGUGACCAAAAAUUAAAAGAGAAGGAAGAUAAACUGGCUCGUUUGGAAAAAGCAAUUAACCCCCUACUGGAUGAUGACGACCAAGUGGCCUUCUCCUUUAUUCUGGACAACAUUGUCACCCAGAAGAUGAUGGCUGUUCCUGAUUCUUGGCCCUUCCACCAUCCCGUAAACAAGAAAUUUGUGCCAGAUUAUUACAAAGUUAUUGUCAGCCCGAUGGACCUAGAGACAAUCCGGAAGAAUAUUUCCAAACACAAAUACCAGAACCGAGAAGUCUUUCUGGAUGACGUGAACCUGAUCCUUGCCAACAGCAUCAGAUACAACGGGCCUGACAGCCAGUACACAAAAACAGCUCAAGAGAUUGUGAACAUCUGCUACCAGACGCUGGCAGAGUAUGACGAGCACCUGACCCAGCUCGAGAGGGAUAUCUGCACUGCCAAAGAAGCAGCCUUAGAGGAAGCAGAUCUGGAAAGCCUUGACCCGAUGACCCCUGGGCCCUACACUCCCCAGCCGCCAGAUCUGUAUGACACCAACACUUCUCUCAGCAUGUCCCACGAUGCCUCGGUCUACCAAGAUGAGAGCAUUCUGUCUGCUUUGGAUAUUCCCACAACCACCCCUGAGAAGCAGGGAAUACAGAUGCGGCAGGGCCGAGGUAGGCUGGGCGAGGAAGACUCUGACGUAGAUAUUGAAGGGUUUGAUGAGGAUGAGGAUGGGAAACCUAAGACUCCAGCCCCAGAAGUGGAAGAUGGAGAUGGAGACCUGGCCGACGAGGAAGAAGGCUCGGCGCAGCAGCCUCAGGCCAGCGUUCUUUACGAGGACUUGCUCAUGUCCGACGGAGAGGAUGACGACGGCAGCGACGAGGAAGGCGACAACCCUUUCAUGUCUAUUCAGCUCAGUGAAAGCGGAAGCGAUUCCGACGUGGAGUCCAGUGCCGUGAGACCCAAACAGCCUCACGUUCUCCAGGAGAAUACACGAAUGGGCAUGGAUAACGAAGAGAGCAUGAUGUCCUACGAGGGAGCUGGAGGAGAGACAUCGCACGCCCUGGAAGACAGCAAUGCCAGUUAUGGCAGCUACGAGGAACCAGACCCCAAAUCCAACACCCGAGAUACUAGCUUCAGCAGCAUUGGAGGUUAUGAGGUCUCGGAAGAGGAAGAAGAAGAAGAGGAGGACCAGAGGCGUGGCCCUAGUGUGUUAAGUCAGGUUCAUCUGUCGGAGGAUGAGGAAGAUAGUGAAGACUUCCAUUCCAUCGCAGGAGACAGUGAUCUGGAUUCAGAUGAAUGAACCCCUUUCAUGGGGGGAUUGAUAAACUUGCACCCUGGACUCAAAUGUAAAGAUUUUUUUGUUUGUAUCCAAAUGUGUC